UUGGUUUGUUGACAUGUGAAAGGCAACGGGAGCGCAAGGAGGUGGACGAGUUCUGCUAAGGCGAAGGAACUUUAUGAAAUGAUAGCCAGACGUUUAGCAUGGUUUACGACGCCAGUGGGGCGUAAAGUAGUUUUUGCAGGAGUAUUUACUGCCGGAAUGAGUUUCAUGUCAAUCAAUUAUUUUCCAAAUACAUUUUUUCUUGAUGAUUUUCGAGAGUUUAUGCAGUUAUACAGGCAUGGCCUAGCAGUCCCUAUACCAGAAGACGUCUUGAAACGUUUUCAGGUAGUAAUGGAUGAUAUGAAAGUCUCUUCAAACGAAAGAUCAUUAAUAAAGCCGUUUACUGUGUAUGGUUUUGACACAUUUCAUGCAGGAUCAACAUACACUAAACAAGGGGCAGUUGUUGGAAUACCAUCAUUUUUCCAUUAUUCCUCUGUAGAUCAAGUGGACAAGACAGUCAUUAAGGUGUCUGGGGAGCCCGUAGCCUGGAGUACUAAAGAAGGACAACAGUUUUUAGAUUCUCUUAUACUAAGUGAUGCAGCCCAAAAGUUUGCAAUAGGAUGUGAAGUGGCUUAUGUACGCACACCAUAUGUGUAUCUGAACACGUUGUAUCCCUUUGCUGCUCUUUCCUUAGUAUACACAAUAGCACAAAAUUUGAACAGGAAACUGCACAUGGAAAAGCAGCCUCAAGCAAUAAGAGGAGUGGUGUAUUCUGUUUUAGCUAUUUUUGGUGUUGGGCUGUGGGCUGUCCUGAAAGAUGUCACAAGUACCCACUAUGAAAAAAAAUGUGAUGAAGAGGUGAGCUCAUUGAGUGAAACUUAUGCAAAAGGAGGACUAGAAUUUUAUUCAAAAAUUCUCGAGCGAAACAUUGCUUUGAGGAGUCUCCUGGGCGAAAAGGGGAAAAAGCUGUACAGUGUAUCUGGUAACAGACAAUAUUUCAUUCGACAGAAAAGUUUGCCAUUGAUUAACAGGAAGCUGUUCUUGGAAAAUCAGUUGGCAGCACUACAGAAAAAAACUGAAGCAGCUGAAGUGUAGAGUGUAAUACUUGUGAAUUAACAAUUUAAAUUUGUUGUGUAAAUUGAAAUUUUAUUCUUUGAAGUUGUCUGAAAUUGUCAGUGCAUUUUAACUAACUGAUUCAUUUGUUACCAGUCAAUAAAUUU